UGUGACUGUAAAUUAUUCAAGCAGAGGGAUUCCGGGUUCCUUGGUCCCCCUUGUUAAUUACUGCUGCUGCUCCAGGGAGUAGAUUUCAUUUCACUACUACUACUACUGGAGCCUGGAGGAGUAGCUGCAUAUUUUUUUGCAUACUCCUACUCAUUUGCCCACUCUGUGCAGGCAGUGUCACACUUCCCCAGCUUAACUACUCCACUCCUCCUCACCCUCUUCUUCUUGUUCAUCUAUCUUUCUCUCUCUAGAGCAGGAGUACUAAAAUGUUGAGGAGCAAAAUAUUUGCAAUUGCUUGCACCUGCAGACACCGACAACAAACACUUGCUAAAUUUGUCCUCCCCUGCCCUGCAUCACAAAAUACCUACCCACUUCAACCAUUCCAGCUACCUCUACCUAAGCAAGUAUAGCAGCCAUAGGCGUAUACUCCUACAGGAGAGAGGAGACGAGACGAGAAGAUCGGUGAGAGGCAAUUUGUUGCCAUGAAGACUAGCUCCAGACACCAUUGGUUCUCCCGCACCCGCUCCUCCUCGCCGCCGCCGCCUUCCAGGGAUCAACCUCCUCCUCCGGCGUUCAGGCACGGGAGGCCAACGCCCGACGCCCACCCGGGCUGCAUGGCCAUCAUGAGCUACCUCAUCUUCUCCCCCGGCGCCGGCUGCGUCGGCCGCCCGCCCAAUUCCUCCUCCUCCCACGUCGCCGUCGUCACCGCCGCUUCUCCGCCGUCGUCGUCCCUUGCUACGCCGGGCGAGGCGGGCCUCCAGGCGCCGCGCAACAGCCUCGACCUCCUCGACGCCGACCUGCUCCGCCGCGACAUCCAGAUCGGCGUCCAGAUCGAGCCGGCCUUCGACGCCCUCGCGCGCCCCAGGCCGUCCGCGCCGACCUCCGAGGCCGAGACGCCGCGCACGCCCAGCCUCGUCGCGCGCCUCAUGGGCAUCGACGGCCUCCCCGACUCGCCCUCGCCGGCUACCUCCUCCAACUCCAAGCCGCGCGAGAAGAAGAAGCGCGUCAUCCCGGAGUCCAUCAGCCUCCGCCAGCCGCUCCGCGACCUCUCCCGCUCCCUCCCGGACACGCCGCGCGCCUCCACGUCGUCGCUCAGGCCGGCGGCGGCGGUGGCGCCCACGUGGGACGUCGUCGACCACCCGCGCCUGUCACUGCAGGUGCUCAAGGACAACGUGCUCGACCGGGCCAGGCAGUACAUGUCCAUGCCCACCUCGCCCACCUCCUUGUCCAAGAAGAAGAAGACCAGAAGCCGCCGCGACGCCACCGCCGCCGCCGAUGGCCGCUCCAGCAAGGAGAAUGCCGUGCGCGAGAUCGUCAGGCAGGCCAGGGAGACCGUCACAAACCGCAAGUCCAAGAAGAACGCCGCCGCCAUUGGCAAGGAGAACGCGAGCCCCGUGCACCACCACCACCAUUGCGGCAAGGAGAACGCGCCACCUGCAGCUAAGCAGGCGGCAGCCGCGCCGCCGAUGAGGGCGCCUUUGGCUGAGCAGCAGCCGCACGCCCCGAGGCUUCCGCUGCAACCGAGACCUGCGCCACCGCCACCGCCGCCUCAGCAGCAGCGAGCGAAGCCGUCCCGGCCGCCACCUCCGCCUCCGCCGCUGGACCCGCCACCGAGAGCUGCGGCGCCACCCGCCAAGUGCAAGCGACCAGACGGGUGCGAGCGGUUCGCGACGCGGAUCAAGAAGCCCGCUCCACCGCCAAUAUUACCGGCGCAACCAUCGCCGACGAGCUCGACGGACGUCAGGGACAUCGUGGUCUCCGGCGAGCGCAAGAUCACGUCGUCGACGCCUGCGGUGACGGCGCCUCCAGCAACGGUGGAGGAGGACCCGGAGUACGUGUACCUGCGGGCGGUGCUGGAGCGCGGCGGGUUCAUGCGGGCGAGAGCGGCGGCGUUGAAGGGGCACUCGGUGGAGACGCCGGUAGACCCGCUGGUGUUCCACCUCCUGGAGCUGGAGCUGCCGGCGGACGAGGCGCGGCUGGGGCCCCUCCGGCACAGAUGGAACCGGAAGCUGCUGUUCCAGCUGACGCAGGAGAUGCUCGCGGAGCAGCUGCUGGGGCUGGACCCGACCUCGCCGUCGACGUCGUCGGGAGCGGCGCUGGUGGCGCGGCUGUGGAGGCGAGCGCGGAGCUUCCCGGCGGCGGACUGCAGGGUGGUGGAGGACAUACUGGCGCUGGUGGCGGCGGACGUGGAGGCGGCGGCGCGGGCGCGGCGGGUGGUGGAGCGGCGGCUGGUGGCGGAGGAGGGGGAGGACGUGGCGGAGGAGGUGGCGGAGCGGGUGCUCGACGCGCUGCUGGACGCGGAGAUCGCGGCGGUUGCCGGUGGGGAGUGACGUCACCCACCACCAACCACCGUCAGAUCACUGUUCAACGAUCCGGAUAGCGACAGGUCGCCUCGAAAUGCGCGCAACUAGUUGAUGAUCUCUCUUGAAUUGGCUGAGUAGACAUGCCUCGUCUCCUCACUUUCACUAGCUCUCUCUCUCUCUCUGCUUUUUCUUUUUCUUUUUUUAGUUUUCCUUUUUCUUUACUGUUAUAAAAUUUCUGAUGUAUAUACUCCUACAUAGUAUUAUUAUUGAUUCAACAUCUGAACAAAAUGCUUAUUGAUAA